AUGUCGCAGACAAAGGACAUCGCGCCAUUCCCUACUGAGGGCGACCUCGACAGUAAAACCUCCACAACGGUCGGCGCUGCUCCAUCUGCGACCAGUACUGCCCAACAGGGUGACAACAUUGCGCAUGCUCUGGCUGGCGCCGGUGGUGGCCUUGUUGCCAUGACCCUGACAUACCCUCUGAUUACCCUUUCUACUCGCGCUCAGGUUGAAUCCAAGCGUGCCGACACCUCGACCCUGGACGCAAUCAAGCACAUCAUAAACAGAGAGGGCAUCAGCGGACUGUAUGCCGGUCUUGACAGCGCUCUGUUCGGUAUCUCGGUCACGAAUUUUGUCUAUUACUACUGGUAUGAAUGGACCAAAUCCGCCUUCGAGAACGCAGCCAUCAAGGCUGGCCGCGCAAGUAGAAAACUCACCACACUUGAAGGCAUUGCAGCCGGGGCCAUUGCAGGAUCCGCCACUGUCCUGCUCACAAACCCUAUCUGGGUUGUCAACACCCGGAUGACUGCUCGAAAGAAUGAGAGCGAGGAGGUCCUUCCUGGUGGUGAGAAGAAGCCUGUGCGAAAGCCUACUACUAUUGGGACUUUGUUGAAACUAUUAAAAGAAGAGGGUCCUUCGGCAUUGUUCGCCGGCGUCCUCCCAGCACUGGUGCUGGUCAGCAACCCAAUCAUACAGUACGGGCUUUACGAGCAGGCCCGUAAUUUCAUCGAAAGCCGCCGGAAAGUUGGACCUCGGGACGCCUUCUAUCUCGGGGCCCUCACCAAGCUUUUAGCUACUUCCAUCACAUACCCAUAUCUCACAGUGAAGUCUCGUGCCCAUGUCGCUGGCAAGGACGCCAAGUCGGUGGGAAUUCUUUCUACGUUGAACAAUAUCGUCAAAGAAGAGGGGUAUGGAGGACUUUAUAGAGGUAUUGCACCAAAGAUUAGCCAAAGUGUUCUUACUGCUGCAUUCCUCUUCGCAUUCAAGGAUGUCUUCUAUGAGAUGACUGUGAAGGCUCGUAGAAAGGCACUUGCUGUCAAAGCAGCAUAG